AUGUGGCGACCGGAGUAUACAACGGUAGAUGGCGUGGAGGAGUUUCGUGCGGCUACCGUUAUAGAAGCACAGGCCUUCCGGACGGACUCUGGAUUCCCAACCGCGGCAACUGCGCUACGACUAUUCCUCAGGGACUUCGCGACGGAUGAGCUCACACCAGGCCAUGUGGAUCUCGACCGCGAAGUUCUUAUUACGUCAAAGCAGCUUUUUGAUUUUCUCUCAAGCGCCGAAGCAAGGCAACAGGCACAUACACAGCAUCAAGGGUCAACCAAUCGAUUACGACCGGGCGCUCUAAAGCGUCGUCACUUUCAAACACACUUCCAGCAGCUAACAUCGGAAGACGAAGGGUCUGUGGAUCUGUGA